AGGUGGGUAGCGUACCUUUGCGGUCACGUGACUCCUGCACCGGGGUAAAGGUGGACAGCUUCGUGCGGCUCUGACUGUAAUCUGACUGCCGCCCUCACACUGCCAGCAAGUUGACUCUUUCGUAAGUGAGCGAAGUGCACUGGAGAACUAUUGUUUUCGUCCAGUAUGUCCAUCAGUCGCAAGAACUGGUCGGCUUUGUCCAGCCUGGCGCGGCAAUGGACGAUGGAGGAUGAUGAGGAGGUGGAAAGGGAGAGGAGGAGGAGGGUGAAGAGCUCCAGCGUUACUGAACCUGGUGAUGACCUCAGCCCAACAACCAAAGACGCACCCACCAGUGAUAGCACCUUUGUGUCCAACAGUGAGAUGUCCCAGGGCCUCAGCAGUGCCGAGCAGAUACAGCUAGAUUUCCUGGAGAUGCUGCGUACCCGUGAUGAAAAGCGGAGGAUGAGACAUGUGGAGACGCUGAGAAGACAGAAGGAGAUAGGGGAGGAGGAAGCCGAGGACUGCGGAGGAGAAGCCAGGGUGGAGCUACUGGGUGACAUGGAGGAGGAGCAGAGCAGUGUGUUGCCCCCUGUGAAAGUUACAUCCAAACCACAACCACUCGAAAAAACAGCCUCUUACAGCCCCACCAACAGCACCAGCACCACAAACAGACAACCUGAAAAUGGACAAUCGUCGAGAAAAGACCUUGAUCCCAAGCCCUCUUCAAACCCAGCUCGCAAGUUUGUCAGCUCUGUCUCCAUCUCACUCGACAAAAGCUCCUCCGCCAGCGGGUGCGCAAGUCCCAUGAGCCCUCGCUCUCCGACGACCCCCUUCUCGCCUCGAGAACAAUGGCCGUCGCCCUGCCAGAGCCCCUCUCCUAGGGGAGCCGAAAGCCCCGUUCAGAAUGGACACCCACAGGAGACCACGAUGAAUGGCUCUCCUUCCAACGGCAACUUCGAACAGACGUCCAAACCAGCGUUCGUCCGACAGAGCUCCAGGACUGUAUCUUUCAGGAUGAUGAAGAAGAAAGAAGAGGAGAGCGCACCGCUGCAGAGGAGUGCGAGUGUGAGGAUGGCUUCCAAGAAGUUUGAAUCAAACACAGACCAGGACCAAAAUGAAGGUGAAGACAAAGCAGCACCUUUCCAGAGAAACUCCAAGCACAGGAUUUCUUCCAAGUCCAUCCAGGAGAAGAUGGAGAGACUGACUCAGGCUGCACAGAAGGGAGACAUUACACGUUCUCCAGACGUAACCCAGAGAACUCUGUUUCUGCUGGACGAGGUGUCCAGGAAGAGAGGUCUCUUUGAGAAGGAGCAGCAGGGAGCAGGCCCCACCAGCCCUGGAGUCUCCAGACAGGAAUUUAGGAGCUUCAAAUCGGGAAUGUCAGACCGGAUCUCCAGCUGGCUCAACAAGACCAACAGCACCGGGUCUUCAAACAAUGCCACUGACCUGAGAAAUGUAGACAUCACCAGUAAGAGGAGCCUGUUUGAGAAGAGAGAAGAGGACAGCCCUGGAAAAAUCCACAAGUGAAGGCUGUCCUUUUAUAAUGGUCAACAGGAUUAAGAAGGGGAGAUGAUAAGAACUGGAUGAUUAUUGGAUGCCACGACUGACUGAUUCUUUAAUUUCAAGCUUUUUCUGUUUUUCUUCUUCCAUGCCAAAACACACAGCAGAACAGCCUUAUAAAGAAAAAGUGAGUUUAGUCUUGAAAAGUAAUAAAGACUGAUAAGGUUAAUACUGCUUUUAAAUUUAAAGGAUUUAAAAUCAAACACAUCUGCAUCGCUUCUUAAAGUAUAAAUGUGUCAAACACUGAAAAUAUUUAAUGUGUGAGGAAGAGUAUUCUGUGAAGAGAGAUGAAGAAAAGUGAUAUUUGUUAUAAAACUCUUCAGCUAUUUGCCUAACUUUAUGUAAUUGUUCUAGCACUUUAAAACGGUGAAGGUCUAAAGGUUAAUGACGGCUAUAUUUUUUACUGAAUAAUGGGAAUUCUGGAGUUGUAAUUGAAUGUUUUUGUUUAAUCUGCCAAAAUAUACCUUUUGUUUUGAGUCAUUGAGGGCAAUAUGCUGCCGGUUUAAGAAAUAAAAGGUUUUAUUACCACA